AUGGAGUGCAAUUUGCAGGCAUCCGUUAUUCCUCGAUGCCUUCCUUCCGCAAACCAAACAGGAAGAAGAAAAACGCUUUUUGUUGUUAAUUCAACUCACCAAAACGAUACAUCAACUUCACCAGAUGGAAAUGUAGAACGCUCUUCCAAGGAAGUGAAUGUUUCUAGACGUCGAUGUCUGACUUGUUUGUGUUCAACUCCUUUUUUCAUUUCAUCCAACGCAACCGCUCUUGAUAAACCUGCUGGCUGUAGAAAUUGUGGCGGAAGCGGCAACAUCAUCUGUGAUAUGUGUGGUGGUACAGGAAAAUGGAAAGCACUAAACAGGAAGCGAGCACAAGAUGUUUAUGAGUUUACAGAGUGUCCAAAUUGUUACGGUCGAGGAAAGCUUGUCUGCCCUGUUUGCUUAGGAACUGGUGUGCCAAACAAUAAAGGUCUUCUCAGAAGGCCCGAUGCAAAGAAACUGCUUGAUAAGAUGUAUAAUGGACGGCUACUUCCCAACUCUUAG